AUGGCUUAUAACGGGUUGUCCAUUUGGUUCAAAAAGAAGGUCGUUGAUCCUCUCCUCGAAAUCCUCCGCAGGGGUGCAGAACCUAAGCUGUUGGCGUUCUCUGCAGCUCUUGGCAUUACCUUGGGAGUAUUCCCAAUAUGUGGGACUACUGUGAUUCUGUGUGGGAUGGCUAUUGCAUUGCUGGGGUCGCAUUGCCAUGCUCCAACUGUGAUGCUGACUAAUGUCCUUGCUACACCAAUAGAACUGAGUUUAAUUGUACCUUUCUUGCGCUUUGGUGAAAUUAUUUCUGGUGGAGCUCAUUUUCCUUUAACUUCUGAUGCUUUCAAGAAAGUUUUAACUGGCCAAGCUUCACGUGAGGUCUUAUUAAGUAUUGCGCAUGCGUUGUUGGGAUGGCUCGUUGCUGCUCCUUUAAUUUUUGCCGCACUGUACAUACUCUUUCUACCGUGUUUUAAGGUGUUGGUUCCCAAGUUCAGCACUGUUCCUUUAAGCCCAAAGAAAGCACUUUCACCCACAGAAGUCAGGCUUAAGGAUUGA